CGCCCCUGCCGUGCGUUACAACGUGAGUGCAGAGGACACGGAGAUAGCGUGGCGCCGCCGCCACCGUCGCCAACGGCUCCCUCGCAAACUUGGCUGGCUGGCAACAGGGAGAGUAAUCGCCAAGGAAGACAACCGCCACAGGAUCAAAUAUAUAGGCAUAUAUAGCAACGCAGGUCGCAGGCAGGGGAGCAACAUACGUAGUACACAACUUGUUCAGGAUCGUCUUCUCCAACUCCGGCGCCGGCGGGUGGUUGAAGGCCCUCUUUCUGAACCCAAGUGCGUGCUCUCCAUCAAACAAGGCCUCAAGAUGUUCGUCGUAGAAGACAAGGGCAGUGCCAUUGCUCUCAUGUGUGCUGCCCUCCUCUUCCUGGGCACAUGGCCAGCAUUGCUCACCCUCUUGGAGCGCAGAGGCCGGCUACCGCAGCACACGUACCUUGAUUACUCGAUCACGAACCUCCUCGCCGCGGUCCUCAUUGCACUCACCUUGGGCCAGCUUGGGGAGAGCAAGCAAAACAUACCCAAUUUCUUCACCCAGCUCAGUCAG